UUUUCACCAAAACCACCAACCGAAGCACCUCCACACCGUGCUCACCACCUGCCCCAUCCACGACCCCGUCGUCCUAGUCACCCACUCCAUGAGCGGCUCCAUCGCGCAGCGUGUCUCGCAUACCCGGACCGCGUAGCCGGUCUGAUCCAAACGGGACCUACUUCGAUGGGGUGCGCAUCGCCACGGUCUUACCCUACGAGAUGCUCACUCCGGGCAUGGAAGAUCCGUCCCAGGGUGUAGCGUUUUAUACCAAUAUGGGUCUUGAUACGCCUACUGCGUUGGAGGCAGCGGAGUGGCCUGCGUAUUGUCUUCGGUUUAAUGCGAAGGCGUUGUUCGAGUGGGAGAUGGGGGAGCGGUAUGCGGGCUUUACGAUCCCUGGGUUAGUCGUGCAGGGGGUUGGAUCAGGCUACGCCGGUGGAGUCGCUAGCGAGACCGAUUGCGGAGGCGAUGCCGCGGUGUCGGGUGGAGGUUUUGAGGGGUUUUGGGGGGGUGGUAGGGUGUGUUGCAGAGGGGAUGGGAAUAGUAUAUUGCGAUUAGGGCUUUUAGUGGUUUUUA